CCUGGCCAAAGAGGAGAUUUGAGGAGGGUCUUCAGACCUUUCGAGCCCAUCGGCCGGACAGCCGAGGCUAAAUGAUUCGCUUAGUCCUCGAGUGCCGCCCACCUUCUAUCCUGCUCCAGACCUCCCGGCCUGGUUCCCCAAGUGGAUGGAACUUCCGAAGACGUAACAUUCUACUGUGCACGGAAUGAGGGAUCGGAGAAGGAUCGGAAAUUCAGGCCCGGAUCGUGCAGAAGUCGUUCUUGGCUGCGCCUCGUACACGGUCGACCGUCCCUUGUGAUUCCUGUGGAAGACUGCACAGGCAGGAAGCAAAAAAGGACUACUCGUCCUAGCAUUCCUCUCUCCAUGUAUCAACUCUUCAUCGCUGUUCAUGGCUUGCUGUCACUGUGUUUAGUGACUCUCUCUUCGCCGAAAUGACGGCGGUUCCCCUCUGGCCGCGAACUGGGGCCAGCUCCUCCCACGCCCCGACCAUCUUGGCAGUGGUUGGGACGUUGUCGGGCCUGUCCACGCUGAUCGUGCUGCUACGGUGCUAUGUGCGCGGACUGGUUCUGCGGAAGUUCAAUGCGGAGGAGUACAAUAUACUUGGGGCGUGGCUUUGCGCUGUGGGAGUACUCGUUUGCUUCGUGGUUGAAACCCAGCAUGGCGUCGGUCGUUACAACAAAGAUAUCUCCGAUGAGGAUCUUGGGUACCUGGCCAAAGUGGUUUAUUUCCAUUCCAUCAUUGUCAUGGUUGGCCUUAGCUUGGUCAAGAUCUCCCUGGCAAUCUUCUUGCGACGAUUCGCGCAGAGUUGGCUGCGAAAAGCCUUGGUUGGCUCGAUUGUCUUCUUAAUCGCCUUCACUGUUGCUUGUGCAUUGACUUUGAUUCUUGAGUGUAUCCCGGUGGCUGCGGCAUGGGAUUACAGCCUCAGGGCCAAUGCUCGCUGCUUUGAUUCCAACACUUUCACGGCUAUCGGGUUGUGGAACAGUAUUACCAACCUCGUGACGGAUGUUAUCUUUGCGACAUUACCAGUGCCGAUGUUCAUCAAGAUUCAGGUCAACCGACGGACCAAGGCGUCGCUGAUUGGGGUGCUGAGCUUGGGAUACUUAGCGUGUGUCGCUGGGGUCAUUAAAAUUGUCGCUCAGAUCAAAGUGCUCAAGGAGACAGAUGUGUACCGAAAUGACACGUUCAUGGUGUGGAACUGCGUGGAAUUGAACGUUGCGAUCAUCGCCGCAUGCUUACCGAGUCUCAAAACCUUGGUGAAAUCGCUGCUGGAUAGCACGCGUAAUCUGACCAGCGGGCGACGCAACGCAUAUGGCAAUUACUACCCUGAAUAUUAUGGCCAACGCAGCGCCGACGUCACGCUCAAGUCGAUGGCGCCACGAGCGCCCCAUUCGAUGUACAAUAUCACGGUGGAGGGAAGUUCCGAUGGAGACUCGAAUAGCGCGCACAGUGGCAACCGCGAGGAGGAUGAACAGCGCUUGCAUCGCUCAGAGAUUGGCAUCUUGAAGACGACCGAGGUGGUGGUGCAUACGCAGCAAUAGACUGC